UCCCCCUGCCAGAGUAAAAUGCAAUGCAUGUAUGUAAAAUAAACCCACAUCUGUUUUGGGGGAAAUCGGUGUGUUGCAUUCUGCGAGGGCUACUUGUUUUGAAUAGCACACUGGAAUACCAAUUCCCCAGCUAAUUCAUUUGCCUAAAAUUCACUUGGAACGGUCAGAAAAAUUGGGUGCUGUGUCAACAAAGUAAACAUGACCCAUCUCUUAUAAAAGCAGCCUCAACUUCCCCACGUCCUCACAGCAUCUGGUGAACUGUGUGGACUACCUCUUGUUGUGAAGCCAUGGGGAUGAAGUGGAUUGCAAAUUGUCUUGUGGUAGUGGCCGUGCUUGGUUAUGCAUGCAAUGGUGCCCCUCAGAUGCCUGGGAAACCUAAUCCUCAAGGAUAUGAUGUUCCUGAGCCACCAAUCAACUGGGAAUUUCCCAGAGAUCCUCCGUCUGAUACCUCGACAGGGGUGCAUGUUAGUGUGCCUAUACCUCCUGUUACCAACUCUGUUUCUGUUUCGUGCCUAGACAGCCAGGUCAAUGUCAUGGUGAAAAGGGACAUGUUUGGUACUGGUCAGUUAAUCAAAAGUGAGGAUCUGAAGUUGGGAGGUUGUUCUGUCUCGCAAGAGAUACCGACAGAUUUGCUCUUUCAGGCUGAUCUGGUGUCAUGUGGCAGCCAAGUCACGAUGAAUGAGGACUCGUUGAUAUAUUCCUACGUUGUGACCUAUGCACCCAGUGCUGUGCAAAAUGUCCCUAUAGUGAGGACUGGCAAAGCUGAAAUUAGAGUGGAGUGCCACUACCAAAGGAGACACAAUGUGAGCAGUUCAGCUAUUAAUCCACAGUGGAUUCCAUUCUCCACUACUAGGGUGGCAGAAGAAUUACUUCAAUUUGGUUUGAAACUCAUGACUGAUGACGGGAGUUUGGAGAGGAUAAACAACAAUUACAUACAAAGCGAUAUGAUUAGAAUAGAGGCCUCGGUCAAAAGGUACAUGCACGUUCCCCUGCGUGUCUUUGUGGACCGCUGUGUGGCCACCCUUCAACCUGAAGUCACCUCCUCACCAAGCUAUGCUUUCAUCGACAACCAUGGUUGUAUGCUUGAUGGUCAGACCACUGGGUCUGCCUCCACAUUCUUUCAACGGGUAGAUGACACUAAGCUUCAGUUCAAGCUUGAAUCUUUUAUGUUCGCGGGCCAGAACCUGGGUCAGAACGUAGUCCAGAACACAAGCCCAACUGGGGUCAAGAUACCUGGCAAGACAUAUCCAGCAAGGUCAAUGAAAAUCUACAUUACCUGCUACUUGAAGGCAACCACUGCUGCCCGGGUUAUUGACAGUGACUACAAAGCCUGUUCCUUUGCCAAUGGAUGGAAUGAGUCCAAUGGAUAUCAUGCAGCUUGUGCCUGCUGUAACUCUGUCUGUGGUGGUAGUGGUGGUGGUGGUAGUGGUGGUGGGGGUAGUGGUGGUGGUGGUGCUGGUGGUGGCGGUUGGAGAAAGGUUCGAGAAGUGACCUCUGAUGCAGGUCUGGAAUGGGAAGCUACGACCAGAAUCGCUAUCAAUGUUGCAGAGAAACAGAUGGAAUAACUCAAUCCAUAUUCUUAACAAUAGCUUGAACAAUAGCGUGACCAUUUUAAUAAACAUUUGGAAUGGUAUAUCCCUUUAUGGUCCUAUCAUUCAUCAAUGUAUUCUAUUUCUUUGUGUUAAGUGCUUACCAAUACUUGAAGUUUGGCAAGAUAGUGUCUUAUACAAUGUCUGUUAUUAUCCCUAACAGCUUGUCAAACCUUUUUCUGCAAGACCUAUCAAUCUCAAAUAUUAACAAGGCAAAGGUUGUCAAUUUCCAAAUGAAAACAAGCAAAUAGAUGGAAAAUAAAAUAAAGCAUAGCGUGCAUUUGAUUGCUUUAAUUGCUGAUAUGCUGAUUAAAUAUGAUGGAUACAAAUUUUUAUUUUAAUGGUCCUCCAUGACUGGAGUGAAUCACAAGAGAGUUGUGGUGUCUGACGCCCUCCUGUGGUGAGAAGUGGGUCUUGUUAAUCCUUGUAUCGCGUAUGAAGACACCCAUUCUCGUCAGAAUCAGCACCAGGUUACUGGACAGCUCCGCAGAUCAGAUAUUGCUUUGGCGUGUUGAGCUCAGCU